AUGGCGUCAACAGAAGCGUUGCCGACCCAUUUCGACGUGAUCAUCCUCGGCACCGGGCUCCCCGAGAUGAUCAUGGCGGCGGCGUGCGCGCAGGCCGGCAAAACCGUGUUGCACUUGGAUCGACGCAACUACUACGGCGGCGACUGGGCCUCGUUCAGCCUGCACACGGCGCGCAGCGAAUGGUUCGACGCGCUCACACGCCAGGGCACGCCCCCUUUACCGGAUGGGAUUACGUUAGAAGAAGGCGAGCAAGCGGUGAUGCUUGGCUGCGAGUGCGCCGUUCGGGAUUUCAGCGAUGGGGGCACGAUUUUGGAGGAAUGCGGCCCCUCCGCAGCCAACAUCCUCGACGACGCCCACGAGAAAUACAGGAAGAUUCGCCGCGUUCAGUUCGAUUUGAUGCCAAAGGUGCUAACGGCGCGAGACGCGAUGGUGAAGGCACUUCUCUCUUCCGGUGUCUCGAAAUACCUCGAAUUCAAGCCGAUCAGGAAGGUGCUAUUCGAGCCCGAACCCGAGACGAUGGCCUUCGAACCCAUACCCCUCACCAAGAAUCAAAUAUCAUCCACCGAUCGAUUGAAGAGCCUGAUCGACCGCCGGCGCUUCAUGAAAUUCCUCGAGUUCUGCACGGGGUGGAACGCCACGCAAGACCCCGCCCUACUCGAAGAGUACUGUAACCGGCCGCUGGGAGAUUUUUUGACGAAGAAAUAUUCGAUGGGGGCAGAGACGCAGGCACUGAUCCAUGGAAUGAUUGCAUUGAUGGCACCACAACCGACCACCUUACAGGGUCUGACGGCGAUCUGCCUGAUCAUGGACAGUGUUGGUGUCUACUGCCCGUCGCCCUUCCUAUUCCCCGAAUAUGGAUGCGGCGAGCUGCCCCAGGCGUUCGCCAGAAACGCGGCCGUUUUCGGCGCCAUCUACAAGGUCGGCUACCCCAUCGAUCACUGCGUCAUCAAGGAGGGCAGGCUGACAGCCGUUUUGAUUGAAGAGGGAAAGAUCAGCUGUGACGUCAUCUUCUCAGCACCGGAAUAUGUGCCAAAGGAAUGGAGCGGAAGCAGAGAUGAAGUGGAUGAGAAGAGGAUAUAUCGAUCGAUCGUCAUCUCCAACGAGGGCGGCAAUGAACUUGUCGAUAAGGAGGCUGAUGUGGCCCUGACGAGUUUCGGCGACCAAGGCGCUUCCCGUUUGAUGCAAAUGGGACACCGGAUGACGGCACCCGGAUACUUUGUCACCCAUCUGAUCGCCGACGACGAGGAAUCGAUCCGGAAGGCCGAGUCUCGUCUAUUUCCAGACGAACCAACACCUCUACCCUACGGCCUUCGCUUCUCCCUGCCCCCUUCGACGGAUUUCGAGCCGGGCCCGUCAACCCCCUCGAAUUUCCACGUGUUGCCGGGAAUUGACAGGAAUUUGGACUACAUCCAAGUCCUCGAAAAGGUUCGCCACUCGUUCUCCUCGGUCUUCCCGGGCGUCGAUUUCCUCCCCACUACCGCUGCUUCAGCCCGACCCGAAGACCCCGAA